AUGGGAAACUCAAGUGAGACUGUAUCAUUUGUGCUGGCUGCUUAUGGAAAUAUUGGAGAGUUGAAAUACCUUUAUUUCAUCAUAAUACUCGUCUGGUAUUUCUCUAUAUGUGUGGCAAACACAGUCCUUAUUGUGGUCAUACGUCUGGACAGAAGACUGCAUGAGCCAAUGUAUAUAUUGCUGUGUAAUUUAUGUGUGAACGAAAUAAAUGCCAGCACAUCACUGUAUCCUCUUUUGCUCUCACAGAUGUUUUCAGACAGCCACGAGGUGACUGUGCCGUGGUGUUUUCUGCAGAUGUGUUGUAUGUACACAAGUGCACCUGCUGAAUUUUGCAGUUUAGCAGCCAUGGCUUAUGACAGAUAUAUCUCAAUCUGUCAUCCAUUACGCUAUAAUGUUAUUAUGAAGACAGAGAGAGUGUUUUUGUUGAUUCUGCUUGUGUGGGUGUAUUCAUUUCUUAGUUUUAUUUUCUCAUUUUCAUUCAUCUUCAGUUUGAAGUUUUGUGGAAAUAUUAUUCACAACACGUAUUGUGACCACCAAUUAAUAAUUAGACUUUCAUGUUCUGUUCCAAUCCAGAGCUUUAUUUCUAACAUAUCCUUUCUCUUAUUGAGUGUUUUCAUACCCUUCAGUCUCAUUUCAGUCUCUUACAUGAAGAUUUUGAGAGUUUGUCGAAAAACAUCAAAAGAAAACAAGCAGAAAGCUGUGACUACUUGUACCCCUCAGAUCAUCUGUGUGUCAAAUCUGUUUGUCGGGUGUAUUUUUUACUUUAUUGACAUCAGAUUUUUAGUUUCUCAGGUACCAGAUGAAGUUCGUAUAAUUUUGCCUAUGUAUCUCCUCAUUUUUCAACCUAUGCUCACCCCAUUUAUGUAUGGAUUUAAGUUGACAAAAAUAAGGCAAUCAUAUCAAAGGUUUCUGUUUGAGAGAAAAUAA